AUGAGAUGGACCCAAAGACCACACCAGCUUCCGGGUGUAAGUGAUGAAGGUGUGGAAGCAAGAGACUGCCAGCAGAUGAUGAUCGCUGGUGGCGAGGGCAGGACAGGCUGGGUGCUGGAGAGAGUGUGUUAUGGCUAUGUGUGGUCUGUUUUACUGGCCUGUUCAGCUGAUGUGUUCACAGGGAAUGCCUACUGGAUUGGGAUGGCGUGCAUCCCUGGGUCCCAGCACAUCCCUGUGUCCCAGCGCAUCCCUGUAUCCCAGUGCAUCCCUGUAUCCCAGUGCAUCCCUGUGUCCCAGCGCAUCCCUGUAUCCCAGCACAUCCCUGUAUCCCAGUGCAUCCCUGUGUCCCAGCACAUCCUUGUGUCCCAGCACAUCCCUGGAUCCCAGCGCAUCCUGUUUCCCAGCGCAUCCCUGUAUCCCAGCACGUCCCUGUAUCCCAGCACAUUCCUGAAUCCCAGCACAUCCCUGUAUCCCAGCACAUCUCUGUAUCCCAGCGCAUCCCUGUGUCCUAGUGCAUCCCUGUAUCCCAGCGCAUCCCUGUAUCCCAGCGCAUCCCUGUGUCCCAGUGCAUCCCUGUAUCCCAGUGCAUCCCAGCACAUCCCUGUGUCCCAGCGCAUCCCUGUAUCCCAGCGCAUCCCUGUAUCCCAGCGCAUCCCUGUAUCCCAGCGCAUCCCUGUAUCCCAGCGCGUCCCUGUAUCCCAGCGCAUCCCUGUGUCCCAGCACAUCCCUGUAUCCCAGCACAUCUCUGUAUCCCAGCGCAUCCCUGUAUCCCAGCGCAUCCCUGUGUCCCAGCGCAUCCCUGUAUCCCAGCGCAUCCCUGUAUCCCAGCACAUCCCUGUAUCCCAGCGUAUAUUGUGUCCCAGCACAUCCCUGUGUCCCAUGCAUCCCUUUAUCCCAGUGUACAUCCUCUUAUCCUGCCACCUGCCCACCUCCCUGCAGGCGAGCUUUGGUUCCUGUAGCCACGAUCACCACCACAGCAUGAGUCUCAGUGGAUAUCCGUAUGACCCCAGUGAAAGGGUCGUUCAUCCCCGGGUUGAGAACUGCUGUACGUCCAGAUCCUCAGUUACUCGCUGCAAACCAGGAUCCAACUGCCCCAGUUCACACAGCAGCAUCAGCAGGCAGCUGUCCCCUCUGUCUGUCACCGAAGACUCCUCUGCUCCUAUACUUGAACUUCAGAGCCGAGGAUCCUCUGCAAUUUGUGGACACAGAGUCGAGAGACAGAGCAGAUCAGAUGACAGCACACAGACACAUCCUGAGAGCAGCAGCCACGAGAACAGACCCAAGGCUCGCUGUCUGUCCUGCACAUCUGUGCUUCUGAAGACCAUCUGGGGACUCUUGAUCAUCUUGUCAGUGUCAUCGUCCUGGGUUGGAACCACACAAAUUGUAAAAAUCACUUACAAGAAUUUUUACUGUCCCUUUUUCAUGACAUGGUUUUCAACAAACUGGAACAUUAUGUUUUUCCCAGUCUAUUAUUCGGGCCACCUAGCCACGGCUCAAGAAAAGCAGUCACCAAUGAAAAAGUUCAGGGAAUGCAGUCGGAUUUUUGGUGAGGAUGGCUUGACACUGAAGCUCUUUCUUAAAAGAACUGCCCCUUUUUCUAUUCUGUGGACUUUGACAAAUUACCUGUAUUUACUGGCUUUAAAGAAGCUGACGGCCACAGAUGUCUCCGCUCUCUUCUGCUGCAACAAAGCCUUCGUCUUCCUGCUGUCCUGGAUUGUGCUGAAGGACAGGUUCAUGGGAGUGCGGAUAGUUGCUGCAAUAAUGGCAAUGACUGGGAUUGUCAUGAUGGCAUAUGCAGAUGACUUCCAUGCUGACUCCAUCGUAGGCGUGGCGUUUGCAGUGGGCUCAGCCUCCACAUCUGCGCUGUAUAAGGUUCUGUUUAAGAUGUUCCUGGGAAGUGCCAACUUUGGUGAAGCUGCACACUUCGUCUCCACCUUGGGGUUCUUCAAUUUGAUCUUCAUUUCCUUCACCCCCAUCAUCCUGUACUUCACCAAGGUGGAACACUGGUCCUCCUUUGCUGCUCUGCCCUGGGGCUGUCUCUGUGGGAUGGCAGGUCUGUGGCUAGCAUUCAACAUCCUGGUCAAUGUUGGAGUAGUCCUGACAUACCCUAUCCUCAUCUCCAUUGGAACAGUGCUCAGCGUGCCUGGAAACGCAGCUGUGGAUCUCCUGAAGCAAGAGGUGAUAUUCAACGUGGUCCGCCUGGCUGCCACCAUCAUCAUCUGUGUCGGCUUUCUUCUGAUGCUACUGCCCGAGGAGUGGGAUGAAAUUACUCUGAGAUUUAUCAACAGCCUGAAGGAGAAGAAGAGCGAGGAGCACGUGGAGGACCUGACAGAUGUCAGCGUGCACCUGCGGAGCAGAAGCAGGGCCAAUGGGGCAGUGUCCAUACCACUGGCUUAAAAAGGAAUGAUUUCUGGA